CCUUACGCUCGUAGUCCCCCAAACAGGACCCUCAUGAGAGCUUCUGACGUUCCCGUCGGCGUGAAUUUACACUCAAUUGAACCGUUCCUGGGCAGCACCUACGGGUCACCCCUGGACCCCUUGGCAACCCGUGACUCACAAAAGGCCCUUGCAGUCGUUAGAGUCGGAUCUGAUUAAGGAAGAGUGACCCAGCUGGUUAUCCGACGAUGGCUGUGAUGUAAUGAGUGAGCAGACGACUGACCAAGCGAAUUUUUGACUUCUUGAAAUACUUUCUGGCCGAGGGCGCAGCGAGGGCGUGCUUGCUUUUGGCCCUGACGCAUCGCAGACACACUUUGGGUGUGGAUACUGCUCUUCAGGUUUUGGUACCUACAUUACCCCUAAGACUAGACAAGGCCCCAAAACUAGUCUUUAUUGAGGCAGGGCUUGCGUGGCAGCUGUUGUGGAGUUCAUGGUGUUGAAGCUGCUGAGGCGCGGCAGCAUGGAGGGGGGGGAGCUCACACGCGGGGAGGUACUCUCCCUGCUGGCAAGACUGGCCUUUGCAACUGCUGCUUCAUACUUCACUGUGAAGCUUCUGGUGUCAGCUAUGGAUCCAACCUCCAAGCAGAAGAAGGAUGCCAAGAGGAAGGCCCAAGAAGUCAUGCAGAGGCUGGGUAUAAAGGAGAAGGUUUCGUUGAGUGAGUAUGAAAUGAUGAUUGCCAGCCAGCUGGUAGAGCCUUCACAGUUGAGCACAUCCUGGAAGGAUGUGGCAGGACUCUCAACUGUCAUCCGGGAGCUCAGGGAGACUCUCAUCCUGCCUAUCCAGCAGCGCACUCGCCUCCAGGGAUCCCGCCUCAUCCAGCCUCCCAAAGGUGUAUUACUGCAUGGUCCUCCUGGCUGCGGCAAAACUUUGUUGGCCCGUGCAGUGGCCAGGGAAGCUGGAGCGCGCUUCAUCAAUUUGGAUGUGGCGGCACUCACAGACAAGUGGUACGGUGAAUCGCAGAAGCUCUCAGCUGCAGUAUUCUCUCUAGCUUCCAAAAUCCAGCCCUGCAUUAUCUUCAUUGAUGAAAUUGAUUCAUUCUUGCGAGUACGAGCCACAGGUGAUCAUGAAGCUACUGCUAUGAUGAAAGCUCAGUUCCUGCAGCAGUGGGAUGGCCUUGCUACGGACAACAGUCGUUUUGUAGUGGUGAUGGGGGCCACCAAUAGACCUCAGGACGUGGACAGAGCCAUUCUGCGCCGCAUGCCCGCAGCCUUCCACAUUCCAUUGCCAGGUUUGGAGCAGCGUAAGGAGAUACUGCAGCUUGUGUUACGUGAUGAACAACUGUCAGCUGAUGCAAAUAUUGCAGUACUUGCCAGGGACACAGAGACUUUUUCUGGAUCAGAUCUCAUGGAGUUGUGCCGUACUGCAGCUGUCUACAGGUUGCGACAUCUGCUGGAUGACCCAAGCUCUGAGAGCUCACAAGCAUGCAGUAUAGAGUCUGAGCCGUUACGACCUAUUACAAUGGCCGACUUUAAACAGGCGCUGGGGAAGAUGCAGGGCUCGAGUGUAUACAAUAGACAGGCUGAAACUCUACUUAAGAUGGACUUGGACUGAGUGAGAUUAUAUAAAAACAUGAGAGUUAGAUAAAGAAGAAAAUGAGAGUAUGGUUGAGUGACCAAGUGGUCCUUCAUCAAUCAAAGACCUCAGAGGGAUUUAGUCUUAAUAGUGUCAGCUGGGAUAGAAAAUAGAGCAUUAGUGGUGCAUCUAGAUUACCUGCAGUUGCCAUGGGUUUUGGCUGAUGAUUGCUGCUUGUACUGUGGCGCAGUGUGCUGGUGUAUUCAGGUGUUUUGAGAAGCAUAUACUGAAAUUUAGAGGAAUUCACAUUCAAGAGUGCUUCUGAAGAUACAGUUUUAAGUUUCAGGAAUAAGUGCCCCAUCAGUUAUGUUAUUCAGUGUAAUGUAUUUUAUAUAACUU